UUCCUUUGAAGUUACAAUUCCCGGAACUUGUUCUAAAGUUAAUAUUUGUUUAAAAUGAAUUAUUACGAAUGCAAUGGAGUAACACCUUCAUCAUCAACCGCAGCUAAUGUUAUUCUCCGGAGAGAAAAUACUUAUGCUGAAACCAAUGUAAACUGGCUUUUGUAUUUGAUGUAUGCAAGAAGAGAUUUUUCCUACUGCAAACUUAUUAUUGAGGAGUACUUGAAGAAGAACUAUGACACUGAAUAUCUCUAUUUUGUCCAGGGCUUAAUAGCAAGGGAAGAAGGGAAAAUGCCAGAUGCUCUGAAAUCCUUUCAGAAGGCCAUAGAAUUGAAUUCUAAGAAUUCAGAGUAUUUUAAGGAAGUGGCCAAGACUCUGUAUAAAAUGGGACGUUUUAAGCAGAGUUUGGAUGUUUUUCUGAAAGCCGAGGCACUUCUGGACAAACCAGACCAUGAACUCUACUAUUUUAUUGGGGAUCUCUUGUUAAAGAAUGUUGGACAGCCACGAGCUGGCCCAAAAGAGGCUAAAGAGUACAUCGUGCGUGGCAUUCAGAAUGGAAAGCACCUUGAUAGUUACAAAAAAUUGGCUGAGAUUUAUCUGUCUGAAGAUGAUUUGCCCAAAGCUAUUGAAAUUCUGGAAAAUAGCUUACAGAUUAAUCCCGAUGAUCCGGGCACGUUGACUCAAAUUGGUAUUCUCUACCUAACUAUUGGUGCUACUCAAAAUGCUUUCGCAAAGCUUCUCGAUGCAUUAAAUGUUGAUGCAAAGUGCUCAAAAGCUCUCACUGCACUUGGAGCAAUUCUUCAGUCAAAGAAUGAUGUUGAUGGAGCCUUGAACAAGUACAAAUUGCUUAGUGAUUUGGAUCAGGAAGGAUCAGAGAUUUGGAGCAAUAUUGGAUUGUGCUUCUACAAAAAGCAAAAGCUUGUAGCUGCUAUUGCUUGUCUCAAGAAAGCUGUAUGGAUCUCUCCAUUGAACUUCAAUGCUCUCUAUAAUCUUGGAUAUGUCCUCUUGAAGGCUCACCAGUUUGCUAGUGCUUUUCAUGUUCUGGCCACAGCUGUUAGCAUCAAAAAUAACCAUGCUGAAUGUCUCAUGCUUCUUGGAGCAUGCCUUCGGUAUCUACACGACCGCCAAGGAGCUUUUGUGGCCUUCGAGAGAUCAACAAUGCAACCUGAUGCUCUCAAGAAUCCCUUAAUUUACCUGAAUUUCGCCAUUUUCUGCCACGAAGAGGGAAAAUACCAGCAAUCUCGUGUUUAUCUAACGAAUGUGAUAAGAAUGUCUGAAACAGCUAGUAUCCCAACUGAGUACAUAGAAGCAGCUCAAACACUGAGCGGCCUUUUGCCGCCAGAAGACAAGGAUGAGACCAAAACAGAGGAGGAUGCUGAGAAGGAAAUGGCUAGAAUUGAAAUUGAGUCUCAAAUGCUAAAGGAGAGAGAUUCAUCCGCCUUGGGGCUAGGGAACGCUUCUCUUGUUGUGGCAGAUGAAUUAAAAGAAGAUACAGAGGAUGAUGGUGAUUUGGUAUAAAAAAAAGACAAAAAGAAAUAAAUUA